AUGUCAUACAUGCUUGAUCACUUCAAUCCACUCACUUUGCUAAAGGCACCCGAUGAGCUACUCACAGUCUACAUAAGAUGCUGUAAACUAUUGGACGACAUUGGACUUCAACGCUACUCAAUGCUCAUCUACCUUCUCAUGCGAGCCAAGAGCAUUCCAAUGAAUACCAAUCUCUGGAUCAAUGGCAUUCGAUCAAUUGUGUCAUUCAAACAGAAUCAUGUUGGAAAGAGUGAUACAAUAAUGUAUCGUGAUGUACUGCUAAAGAUCAUCAAUUGGUACUGCCUGCCAGAGAUAUUCAGUGUGGACCGUCAGUUGUUUGAGGAGAGUAACUGUGGCAUCAAGAGGAUUGAGUUGAUUGAGCUGUGUUGGAGAUACACUGUCACGAGACCAAUGAUCACUAUGGAGUCGGUGCUGGACAUUCAGCGCUUCCUUCAACAGUUGGCCGACAGCGACACGUCGUCCAAGCCUCGUCUGGUAAUCGACCUCGUGCACAAUGUGGACAACGUUCGAAAUGAUUACUUUGAGCGAUUGAACAAGGAUGAUGACGCCGACCACGACUAUGACUAUGAGAUCGAGCUGGGCAUUUACUGUCUCACCACAACAUUCUAUCUCAGUGCCUAUCGUUACUUCAAGUUCCUCAUCACUGGUACCACGGUAAUCACACAGAAGCAUACAGGAGAGAGUGUUGGUAACUCUGGAAACAGUGGCAAUGUUGGCAACACAGACAACACAUUGAUAUUUGAUAUCAACUCUGUGCCAUUAUACAUGCUCACACAUCAAGUGCUGUACUACUCGAAUGCCAACGAGUUAUUUGUGGACAAGUACAACUCAAUCUCUUACAACAAACAGAUGAAUGAGGCCAUUCGCUAUCUGACACUAUGCAUGGACAGCUACAGCGACCUCAAUCAAGACCCCUGGAAGGAUCGCUACAAGGAGCUGUCCGAGACCUGGAGCGAUCCAGAGUUCUAUUGGAUGAGCACAAGCUUGGCAGACUGUCACUACUAUUAUGAGUCAUACUCAACAUCUUUGAGCUUCUACAAGAAGAUCAAGCAACAACUCUCUGGCUUCUCAACGAGGACAUUGUUGCCGUUGCCUGGAAACAGGAUGGUGUCAUUCGAUCCCACGGACGACUUGUGGGUAAACAGAUUGUUCUUGCAUAUUGCAAUGACCAAUCACUCAGAGAUUGAAUCAUCCAUUCGAUAUCUGCUCGAGGUGCUCAUAUCGAUACCACUUGCAGACUUCCUGCCACCCACAAGUCAAUCACUCCACACGAUUAAGCCAUACUUCGCACCGUUCACACAGCAAGAGAUAACAUUCUGGUGCAUAGAUUCAUUGGCAGCAUGCUACGAGCGACUGGGCAUGGUUGGUGAGAUGACUGUACUCUAUCAAUGUUACUGGCAGUACUAUAGACCACGAUUCCAAAUGAUCGUCUACGAGAUACAAAAGAGUGGCUCAACAUCAAUUGGUCGACCCCUGACUAUAAGCCCACCUUUGGUGGAUUUGGACAAAGAUGGACUACCCUUAUCAAACAUAUCCAAGAAGGAUCUCCAGAAGGGAUUCUUCUUCCCAAGGUUCUUUGAGUACAUCAUAAAUAUUGACAUGUUGGAGGAGUUUAGUUUGUUGUUGAACCAAGGAUAUAGAUUGGACAUAUUACAAGGUGCCAAGGCGAAUGUUCCAAACAAGGAGUUGCUGAUGAUCAUCGAGCAACAUAUCACUUCAUCAACCAAACGUAGUGAUAUAUCUCUGUCACAAUUACUAAACAAAUUCUUUGUGGAGGAGCUGGAGCACUUCACAGCCAAGCAACAGAAUAAAAUGACCGAUGACUGA